AUAUGAUUGCCAAAUGGAAUUAGCCAACGUUUUCCUGUUUACGAGCAUGAAAACCAGCGAGACUCAUAAUUAUUUUCGCGAAACAUCCAUUCAAGUGGCGAUAAGUGGAUCAGUGCAUUAGUUCACGUUGAACCAAUGGAAGAAGAUAGUUGUGUAAAUUAUUUACAGAUAAAGGUUUGGUCAGAUAAACAACUACAUAGAAUCUCACGUGGGUUUCUUCAUCGAAAAUCUGAUCAAAAACGUACAGAAAUCUGGAAGAAAUGAAUCGUUUGAAAUUUCUGUUUUUUUCCAGUUCCGUAACACUCCUGCUAUGCUAUAUGUAUAUAACUCAUUCGGUUUAUUCCAUAGAACGAGGCACACAAAAAGAUAUACCAAUAUUAUACUGGACGACGAUGUUCAAAAAAGAGGACUUCAACUUGGGACUUGGUUCGUGGAUAUUCCAAAGCUGCGAAUUUUCCAACUGUUUCACGACUUCCGACAGGAAUUCACUAGGUAUAACCCAGUUCUCCGCACUGAUUUUCCAUCACUUCGACUCAAAUGUGAAUGAUUUACCUCCUGAAAGAUCUCCAACACAACGUUAUAUAUUUUUCACUCUGGAAUCUCCUAGUUAUACAAAGUGGAAACCUUGGGACGGUUUCUACAACUGGACAAUGACCUAUAGGUCAGAUUCAGAUAUAGUGCACCCUUAUGGCUACUUCAGGAAACAAAAAACAGCAUAUCAAAAACCUAGCCCGCAUGAAAUCGUGGAGAAAUCUGGAAAAAUUGCAUGGCUCGUGUCAAAUUGCGCCACUCCUAGCGGGAGAGAAGAAUUGGCGAAAGAAAUCAACAGAUAUAUGCCUGUCGACAUUAUAGGAAAUUGCAAUUUGGAUUCUCCAUUGAAAUGUCCGAAGAGUUCUCAACAACACUGCUAUAAACUUAUAGAACGAAGAUAUAAAUUCUACUUGUCCUUCGAGAAUUCUCUGUGCGAAGAUUACGUGACUGAGAAGUUCUUCAACAUUCUUAAAUUGAAUUUAAUACCUAUAGUAUAUGGGACUGCAAAUUAUACCAGAAUAGCACCACCGAACUCUUAUAUAAACGUGAAAGAUUACCAGAACGUGAGUGAUAUGGUGGAAUAUUUGAAAAUAUUGGACGAUAAUCCAGACCUUUAUUUGACGUACUUCGAGUGGAAAAAAGAUUAUGUUAUAGACAUUUAUCCGAAACAAACCUUGUGCGAUUUGUGUAAAAAAUUGAACAAGCCUGUAGAAUACAAAACAUUAGACAAUUUGGCCCAGUGGUGGUUCUCUGAAACAUGCGAGCCUGGAUAUGAAGCUGAAGAUAGUGAUGACUACCAGGAACAAUCCAGUGAAAGUGUCUUCAGAUCACUCGUUCAGAGAUGAUUGAGCAAGAGAGCGAAUAAAAUCGAAUACCUAUAUUUCCUAAGCUUAAUUAUUUAGUGUAAUCCAGUGUACAUAAUCCCAUAACUUAUAAUAAACUUCCCGUUUGUCUUAU